UUGCAUCCUCCUCUUUGUCGAGCUGUUCGCCGAUGCAACAUUCGUGAAAUUGUUAAAAUUGUUAAUUUUUGACAGUGGCUCGCAGCUACAAAUCGUAACAGUGCAACUGAAAAAUCGUGUUCAAGGCGUGACACGUGUGUUUGUUUGCCGAACGCGGCUAUUCAUCACAAUUUCGGGGCGUGUUUGGAGCGAGAAAAUGGAAAACGCAUGUUUCGUGCUCAGAUAAGGCCCAGCUGUGCGUCGGUCUCGCUCAAAUUCAACAAAUUGCGAAAAGUUUCCGGCUAGGCUUACAAUCGAACAACACAGCGACUGCGAAUAACCAAACAGCUGAAAGCAGGACAAAGGCUGUGACAGAAACAACAACAAAAAUCACUGCAACAACAACUUAACACGAAUACAACUACAAUCCCCAUUCGAGUACACACACCAUCCAAAACACACACACACAUAAAAAAAACCACAACAACAUGCACCCACUGCAAAGUAGUUAAAUAAUUCUGCCCUGUCUGCGCUUUAUUUCCCCUUCAUUCUUGUACUCGUUUUAAUUUCAACAAGUUUUCUGUUCUCGCUUUCCCCACAUCUCUUUUAAACCAUCCGACGCGCAGUUCUUUUUUCGUUACUACACAAUAACAACAACUACAGCAAUAUACAAAACUCACACAGACAAACACACACGCACUCACACAUACAGUGACACGUACGGCUCUCACACGAACAAUCCGACAUACAACAGUUUAUUUGCUGUGACGCAGCAGCCAACAAAAAUCACCUGCAAAUACGGCACGAGACCAGCGACCGGCUCCCGGUGCAGCUGUCAUAGUGAAAAGAGCAACAACAGAAACACCCAUACACACAAACACACUUGUUGCAAAGGCAGCAAAAGAAGAGGCGGAGAGUGAGUGAGCAAGCAAGCUAGCGCGAGCCUAUAGGGGGAGCGACUACGAGAGAGAGGGAGAUAGAAGAGGGACGUCAAGGCGGCCGUCUCUUCAUUAAGUGCCUAAGCAGUCAGCUAUCAGCCACCGCACAUUAAAAACGCAAAGAUGGUCAAGGAGAAACCCAACUCGACACGCAUCUAUGAUAAGGAUGGUUUUCGACGGCGAGCUGCCUGCAUUUGUGUGCGCGCCGAGAACGAAGACGAGGUUCUGCUGGUGACCUCUUCACGCCGUCCAGAAUUGUGGAUUGUGCCAGGCGGCGGGGUUGAGCCAGAGGAAGAGCCCUCGGUCACCGCCGUGCGCGAGGUUCUGGAGGAGGCAGGCGUUGUGGGCAGUCUGGGACGUUGUUUGGGUGUCUUUGAGAACAACGAUCACAUGCAUCGUACCGAGGUGUUCGUAAUGAACGUGACUCAAGAGCUCGAUGAGUGGGAGGACUCGCGUAGCAUUGGACGCAAGCGCCAAUGGUUCACCAUUGAUGAUGCACUGUCCCAGCUGGCACUGCACAAGCCCACCCAGCAGCACUAUUUGAUGCAGCUGCAGCACUCGAAGACGCUGGAGAAUGCCCACACCCCAGGUCGUGUAGUUAAUGCUACCCAUCCGCCGAUCUUGGCAAACUCCGCAUCUGCAGCAGCGUCGCCCACAACGGCAUAAAGACAAACGCAGAAUGAAUAAGCACGAACAUACGCAUACGCAUACAUAAACAGACACAGACACACA